AUGCCGACCAUGUUCUCCCGCCUGCGCUGCCACUUCUGCGGCUCCAAGACCCCGCAUAACAAGACCACCACCGAGUUCCAGUGCACAUCAUGCGAAGCAUUCAACUACCUCGACGGGAAGGGCAACAUCGUCGACACACCCACAUACAUCACCGCGCCGCAUCAGACCGAGCCUACGAACACAACAUCCUUCUCAUUCCCACGACCGAUCAACGAAUCUCUCAACCACCAAGAGAACCAGGCUUUCUGCCGGACAUGCGUCCAAAACCAGCACAUGUACAACGAGAACCUCGCCAACUACCUGCCCGACGAAGAUCAUCCACGAUAUGCCGAGUUCGAGAAGGCGAUACCAAAGUUCAAGGCCGAGCUGGAGCAGCGAUAUCCACUCAUCUGCAAGAAUUGUGCGCCCAAGGCUCAGACGAAGAUCAAUCGCGCGGAUUACUAUGGCAUGGCUCAGAAUGCUGCGAGACUGGUGUCCGAUACAAGAGCAAGAGGUGGGAAACCGGCGACGGGUAUGCGGGACGAUGCUGGGAAGAAGAUGGCAAGGUUUUUGUUGAGCACAGUUGGACUUAUUCUGAAUGUUGGUCUUGCGGUUCAGAUCGCAUACCAUGUCUACGGCAUUCUGAUGAUGCUGUACGCUCAGGAGGAGGAUGAGAUUGACGAUUCUCUUGCCGGGCUGUCUCCAGCAGAAUGUGCGGUCCAAGCACGCUCUUUGCGCUUCAGUGCGUCGUGCUUCGACAUGUUCGGCAGCAUCAUGCCCAAGAUGCUCGCCCUGGCUGCAAUAGGCCUUCUUCACAACCCUGGUCGAAAGGCCUGGUACCAUCCCACCUUUAGGAUGGACGCCGUCCACGGCCAGUGGAACUACUUCUACAUGCACCUCAUCAUCCUCGCGGUGCGAAGCCUAGCCUGGCUCAACUUAUCCCACACUCCCACCACAGCCAAGUUCGACUCCCAGCAACUCAUUGGCGCGCACUCCUUCACUAUCUUCUUCAUCCUCAUCAUACAACUUAUCGCCAGUCGCGGCAUCCAACCCGUCCAAUGGCGACUCAAAGGCAAAAUCAUGCCCAAACCCACCGAAGUCGACAUCCUGAGCGCACACGCCGCUCCAGCAUCCGAGCACCCCACUCCCAAAGCCUCCGAACGAAACCCCUACCGCUACCUCCACCAUCCCGAAGACCAACCCCUCGACGUCAACAACUUCGCCGCCAAAUCCACACGCUCAGCUCAACAACCCUACACCCGCAGCUCCUACCUCCCCCUCCAACAACCCUCCCCCGAAUACUCCGACGAAGAAGACGACUCCUACUACGACCGCAUGGAAACCGACUCCGCACCCGUCAUGCGCUCCUCCCAGCGUAGCCUUCGCACAAUCCCUCAACCCGUCCUCCGGCCCACUCACACCCUCCCACCCACCUGCGCAACCACAACCUCACUCCAAACUCAACCCUCAAAUCCAUUUUACACCCGCCUCCCUCCCGCCCCACUCUCGCAAAACCAUCGCCUCCGCAACCCUCCUCACGUCCCCAACGAACUCGUCCCGGUUCCUCUGAGUCAACGACCAGAUUUUUUGAAGCGAAUGGGGGAACAGGUCAAACCAGUGGAGUUCGCUCCGAGGAAGAGGACAGAGUUUGAACUGAAGCCGAGUUCGUGGGUAUUACCAGGGGAUGUGAGGGAAACGGGACUGGAGGGACGGUUUGAGAGUACGUUCCGACUGGAGGAUGAGGUGGAGGUGACGGGUGGGGAGAAUCGGGGGAGGAAGAAGGGUUUCUUUGGUGGUUUGUUUGGAUUCUGA